GGAGCAACGUCAACUGCGUCGUUGUGGUGUUGAACAUCCCUACAAGUGUAAGCAGUCAAUCGUGCUGUACUAGUGAAAACACGUGGUUGUGUAUCCUGUUUAAAUCGUCCACAAAUGAGAUAGAAUUACAGUUUCGUCUUGCGGCUUCUGCCAACCAGUUUCGUUCAACUUCUGCGCUCAUCCCCUUCGCCGUGUUAACAGCCAGUGCAACGCUACCGAAGCUACCCAAGACAAGUCAAGUCAACAGAGGGGCGUCACUGUCAGUCGAGUGUGUUGUGUUUCCUGUCCUCCUCUGCUGUCCUGCAAGUCUCCCGCUCAGCUGAUCAGCACUAAGGAGGCCGGAGCCCACAGGUGACUGACCAGCUUCUGUGGGAUUUGAUGUCGCCUUUAGAUCGGCCCAACUGAAGAUGGAAACCCUGGAGUCGGAGCUGACGUGCCCGAUCUGCCUGGAGCUGUUUGAGGACCCCCUGCUCUUGCCCUGCGCCCACAGCCUGUGCUUCAACUGCGCCCACCGCAUCCUGGUCUCGCACUGCUCCACCGCCAAGCCGCUCGAGUCCAUCUCCGCCUUCCAGUGCCCCACCUGCCGCUUCGUCAUCACGCUGAAUCACCGCGGCCUGGAGGGCCUGAAGCGCAAUGUGACGCUGCAGAACAUCAUUGACCGCUUCCAGAAGGCCGCCUCCUCCCUCGGAAACAGCAGCAGCAGCAGCAGCGUCGGCGUGGGUGUCGGCGUGGUGAGCGCCAGCAGCCCCAACUCGCCCAACAACGAGAGCCGGCGCUGCCACCAGCAGCAGCAGCCGCCGCCGCCGUCGCGCCUGUCCCCGCACAGCGUGAGCGCCCGCGGCAGCCCCGCCGCGCUCUCGCUCGCCGUCAUCAACGCCAACUCUGCCCACCACGCCAACGGCAUCGUUGCCAGCAACGGCAACGGUAUCUGCGGCACCGGCGGCUCCGGCGGCUCCAGCAAGACCAGCAGCAGCAGCGUCACGGCUAGCCCCGUGCCGUCCUCGGCGGGCACCUUAGCCAUGUCUAUGGAGCACCAGCAGCAGCAUCAGCAGCACCAGCAGCAGCAGCAGGUGGCAACGCUGCCGCCUCACCUGCGCGCCCUGGUGGGCUGCCAGUUCUGCGAGCAGGACCCGCCGCGCGAGGCCAUCAAGACCUGCGUGACGUGCGAGGUGUCCUACUGCGACCGCUGCCUGCGCGCCACCCACCCCAACAAGAAGCCCUUCACCACCCACCGGCUGGUGGAGCCCGUGCCGGACACCCACCUGCGCGGGCUCACCUGUCUGGAGCACGAGAACGAGAAGGUGAACAUGUACUGCGCCGUGGACGACCAGCUCAUCUGCUCCCUCUGCAAGCUGGUGGGGCGGCACCGCGACCACCAGGUGACGUCGCUGAGCGAGCGCUUCGACAAGCUCAAGGCUUUUCAAGUGAGCCCGGGCAGAGUUUCAGAAGCCGUUAUGGAGGCAUCAAAGACGAGCGCCGCGCAAACCCUGGAGAAUAACCUGACUAAUCUGGUGAAGAGGAACAGCGAACUGGAGAACCAGAUGGCCAAGCUCAUCCAGAUCUGCCAACAGGUGGAGGUGAACACGGCGAUGCAUGAAGCCAAGCUGGUGGAGGAGUGCGACGAGCUGGUGGAGAUCAUCAGGCAGCGCAAGCAGGUCAUCGCCGUCAAGAUCAAAGAGUCUAAGGUGAUGAAGCUACGUAAGCUAGCCCAGCAGAUAGCUAACUGCCGCCAGUGUCUGGAGCGCUCCAGUGCCCUGAUCACACAGGCCGAGAACAGCCUGAAGGAGAACGACCAUGCACGCUUCCUGCAGACCGCCAGGAACGUGGCCGAGAGGGUUGCCAUGGCUACCGCCUCGUCCCAGGUGCUGAUCCCGGACGUCAACCUCAACGAGGCCUUCGACAACUUCGCCCUGGACUUCUCACGAGAGAAGAAGAUACUCGAGGGACUCGACUACCUAACAGCUCCCAACCCGCCGUGCAUACGAGACGAGCUGUGCACGGCCUCCCACGACACCAUCACUGUGCACUGGACAUCAGAGGACGAGUUCAGCGUCACCUCCUACGAGCUGCAGUACACCAUCUACACUGGACAGACCAACUUCAUCAGUCUGUACAACUCGGUGGACAGCUGGAUGAUCGUGCCCAACAUCAAGCAGAACCACUACACGGUGCACGGCCUGCAGAGCGGCACGCGCUACAUCUUCUUCGUCAAGGCCAUCAACCAGGCCGGCAGCCGCAACAGCGAGCCCGCCAGACUCAAGACCAACAGCCAGCCGUUCAAGCUGGACCCCAAGACGGCCCACAAGAAGCUGCGUCUGUCCAACGACUGCCUGACGAUGGAGAAGGACGAGAGCUCCCUGAAGAAGAGCCACACCCCGGAGCGCUUCAGCAGCACGGGCUCCUACGGCUCGGCCGGCAACGUCUUCAUCGACAGCGGCUGCCACUACUGGGAGGUGCUGCUGGGAGCCUCCACAUGGUACGCGGUGGGCGUGGCCUACAAGUCGGCGCCCAAGAACGAGUGGAGCGGCAAGAACUCGUCGUCGUGGGUCUUCUCGCGCUGCAACAACAACUUCCUGGUGCGGCACAACGGCAAAGAGCAGCUGCUGGAGGCCUCGCUGCAGCUGCGGCGGCUGGGCGUGCUGCUGGACUACGACGCCAACGCCCUCUCCUUCUGGGACGCCAUGAACGCGCAGCACCUGCACACCUUCCACGUCUCCUUCCUGCUGCCCGUGGCGCCCACCUUCAUGAUCUGGAACAAGUCGCUGAUGCUGCUGUCCGGCCUGCCCGUGCCCGACUUCGUGGACGACUGCUCGGAGCAGCAGCUGCUCGACGGCAUCGGUGUCGGAGGCGGAGGCACCCUGAUGUGCCGGAGUCAGGAGUCGCCCUACGUGUUGUCCACGAUGAAGGGUUGCCAUUGAGGAUGAUGACUGGGGCGGUUUUACUUGGA